AUGGCGAGCGGACCAGCUAAACUCUACCGCUCUUUGGACUCGGCCGGCGGGGAGAUACGAGUUCUCCAGAUCCAUCCGGCCCCAAGUGACAAGCCCAUCUCCGCAAUCUUCACCUACCUCCACCUCGGCCGACCACAUCCCCAGGGCGCCGCCUUUGACGCGCUCUCUUACAUGUGGGGCGACGUCACAGACAAGACCCAGAUCCAGCUCGACAACGAGCCCUUCACCAUCUCGAAACGCCUCGCGGCCAUCCUCACCACCCUGCGGCGGGAAACCGAACCCCUCGUCAUCUGGGUCGACGCCGUGUGCAUCAACCAAGAUGACUUGGUCGAGCGCGCAGCGCAGGUCCAGCUCAUGCGGCGCAUUUACAGCAAGGCAGACCUAGUCCGCGUCUGGCUAGACGAGGACAUUGACAUAAGCAGCCCCGGCUUCACCAAGUUGGCCGGACUGAACGCUGGAAGCACCAUCCAAGAUCUCGGGGCAAGUCCUGCUCUGUGGGAUCCCGUGCUCGCCAUUUUUCAGAGCGCGUACUGGAAGCGGGUGUGGAUUCAGCAGGAGAUCAGCAACGCCUCUGCCGUGUCCAUCCACUGUAAGGAAAACACGCUGUCGGUCGCCUCGCUCAUCCACUACCUGCGAUUAUGCGACGAGAUCCAGCUGAGCAACGUCAUGCAGUCCUCGUGGUGGGACUGGGGCACCAAAAAGCCCUCCGUUAUUCUCCCCGCGAGGUUCGCUCCUCCCGAGCACGGCGCCGACGCAACCCUUUCCCAAGGCACCACCCUGUCGCCACAGGAUCUAGACCUGCUAUACACCCUACAAAACGUCAACUCCCUAAAAUGUACGGAUGAGCGGGACCGCGUCUACGGCGUCAUGUUCCUCGUCAAGGACCACGCCGAGGGCGACAUCGUCGUCGACUACUCUUCAGCGUGCCUCGCAUUCCUAUUAUUCGCAAACUUGUUCCACGCCCAGCAGCAAGGUGCGGACGCGGGCCCGACCUGGGUGCCCGACUGGAGGCACGGACAUGGCUCCGGUAUGGAGAGCAAACUGCCCCUACUAAAGAAGGCCGGCCCUGGUUCGCGGGUGCCAGGGUCGAUAUCGGCGGAUGGCCUCACGCUGACGGUGACGGGCGCGAAGGUCGGCGUGGUGGAUCGUAUCUUCAAGGACGAGUUCGAGGUGGACGUGUUGAGCCAGUCGCUGCUUCAUUUUGUAAGCACCUGUCGAGAAAUGACACGUCUAGCCGGACGGCAGACGGAAAAUUCACCCGGCGGCAGCGGUGAUGCAGAUGAGACGGGUACCGACGAGUGGAAAGCCGUGGUCCGAACCCUCGCCAUGGCGGACUUCAUCGCGCAGUUCGACAAACCUGGCGCUCGGGACGCCAUCUACGCCAGUGCUGCUAAGCUCGUGGAGGCCGCGAAUCUCGAGGAGGAUGGCUUCGACGCAUCGACCUACCCGCUUCACCGGUUUUCGGGCAUGAACGAGGGCCAUUUCAAGGAAGCCAAGGUGUUGGUCAUGUUUGCAUGGUGGGCCAUGAUCUCUUACGUGCCCUUUGUCACGAGUGUCGGCACGCCGGGACUGGUGAGGAAGUGGGCGGAGCCCGGCGAUGAAAUCUGGCUGGUCGAGGGGUCGUUCUCAGCUGGCCAGUGGGACUGGGAAUCAUCCUUCUUCCUGGUGAGGAUCUCGAGGCAGCCAAACGGAUCAAUGGCACCCAUGAGCAAGUGGAUAUACCACGGCUUCUCGCUCCACGUCGAGCUCCCUUCGACCUCGGUCACGCCAUCCUUGGACAAGUAUAUACUGUGGCUGGUGGGAAGCAACCUUCCGGGAUGUCGCGCGUUCCACAAGACCAUGUUGAUAAACAUGAGCGAGGCCUCGAACACGUAA